UCGGCGCCUGUGGCCCGGCCGCGGCCGUCCCCUCCUGGUCCCCUCACACUCACACACACAGGCCGGGCAUUGAUGGUAAUGUAUGCGAGGAAACAGCAGAGACUCAGUGAUGGCUGUCACGACCGCAGGGGGGACUCGCAGCCCUACCAGGCUCUUAAGUACUCAUCCAAGAGUCACCCCGGUGGUGGUGAUCACCGUCAUGACAAGAUGCGAGACACCACAGAUCCUUCACCACCAAAUAAAAUGUUGCGGCGCUCUGAUAGCCCUGAAAACAAAUAUGGUGACAACACAGGGCACAGUAAAGCAAAAAGUGUGCAUGCUCACAGAGUUAGAGAGAGGGAUGGUGGGACCAGUUACUCUCCACAAGAAAAUUCACAUAACCACAGUGCUCUUCAUAGUUCAAAUUCACAUUCUUCUAAUCCCAGCAAUAAUCCAAGCAAAACUUCUGAUGCAGCUUACGAUUCUGCGGAUGAUUGGUCUGAACACAUCAGCUCUUCAGGCAAAAAAUACUACUACAACUGCCGAACAGAAGUUUCACAAUGGGAAAAACCAAAAGAGUGGCUGGAAAGAGAGCAGAGACAAAAAGAAGCAAGCAAAAUGUCAGUUAACAGUUUUCCAAAAGAUAGGGAUUACAGAAGAGAGGUGAUGCAGGCGACAGCUGCCAGUGGGUUUGCCAGUGGAAUGGAAGACAAGCAUUCCAGUGACGCCAGUAGUAUGCUCCCACAGAAUAUUUUAUCUCAAACAAGCAGGCACAAUGACAGAGACUACAGACUGCCAAGAGCAGAGACUCACAGUAGUUCUACUCCAGUACAGCAUCCCAUCAAACCAGUGGUUCAUCCAACUGCUACCCCAAGCACUGUUCCUCCUAGUCCAUUUUCUCUACAAUCUGAUCACCAGCCAAAGAAAUCCUUUGAUGCUAAUGGAGCAUCUACUUUAUCAAAACUGCCUACAUCCACAUCUUCCAUCCCUGCACAGAAAACAGAGAGAAAAGCCUCUCCAUCGGCCGCUGCCGGGGACCCUUCUCCCCGGGCGCGCGUCCCUGCGGAGGCAGUGCCGGCGCAGCGGUGUUUACAUCUCGCAGCCGCCCACGUGCUCGGGGAGCGGCAGGCAGGCGUGACCGGGGCCGUUGGUCUGCGGUGCCGCGAGCGGGCAGCCGGGCACUUCUGCCGCCUCUCUCGCUCCGGUUUUAUUACUGAUGAACAGUUUUUAGGUUUUGGUUCAGAUGAAGAAGUCAAAGUACGAAGUCCCACCAGGUCCCCCACAGGUACGUUCAAGUCGCGGGACUGGACGUUGAUUUUGUACUCUCCUUUGUGA